UACCAUUAUCAACUACGAUUGACUAUAUACAAACACCGCCGGCUCAAACUCUACUAUACUCAGAAUUAUUGUAGUUAAAAGUGAAGGGGUAUAUAAGCCUCUUCCAAUUUAAAGUUGAUCUAUUUCCAAGUGUUAGCAAGUGCAAUGAAAACGCUUCUGGUAGCUUGUUUAGCCCUUGUGGCGCUUCCUUCAGAGCAGUCCCGCCCCCGCGUCCUGAAACGAGGCUAUCUUCUGGGCGACUACCACGGAGCCCCCGCUAUGGGCGACCUCUCCAUAUCGCCCUCCGGAUGGAAAGGUUCAAUCUCUUACUUGCACGGAGUACAUAACCCCCUUCCGGUUCAUUUAGUUAACACGGACGAUUUCAACCUAAACGUCGACUUGCCCGCCCCCCGCCGCCUCCCGCCCCCUUCGGUGGCCCACGUGUCCAGACAAGCCCCCCCAAUCCAUAUUCUCUCCUCCAACUCGCUCGAGAAACCCGUCAUGGAGUCCCAAGAGUACAUCCCGCCACAGUCCUUCGGAACCGCCGUCUUGCCCCAAAUGCCGCCCCCGGCCACCCCCGUCAACGCCGCCGCCUCCAAUAUCCCCGCGAACCGAGGGGCGGUUUUCCUCGGAUCGGGAUCGCUAGGAGUCGUGAGUUUAGGCAAUGGGGCCUAUGCUUUGGGGUCGGGCUCGAUAGGGUAUUCCGGGAAUAGGGCGCAGCCUAGGCCUACCGGGACCGUUCCCGUUUAUCCCCCUCUGCCAGCGUCCCCGAAUUUGAUUCCGGCAGCUGUGCCAAGUCCCUCACCCCAACAGCCGUUGGGGUUGAACUACGAUUAUCCCCUUUUGAAUGUGCCCCAAGUGCCCCAAGUUGACCAAAAUGGGUACGAGUAUUUGCCCCCUAACAGGGUCGGGUUUGGGGCUCCUAAUCCCCCGAGACCUCUGAGGACGAGGCAACAGUUUGCCACACCCACAGCUUUGCAGGUGCGACAGCAAGGACAACAAAUCCCGAACGAUUUCCAGUUUUCGGUGCCUUUUGGGACCACCGCUGGGGGCAUCCCUUUAGCCUAAUUUAUUUGUAAAAUUUUUCGACUAGAAGACUUUCGCUUCGUUCGCCCCAAGUGAUAAACCAAAUAGGUUAAAUAUUUUCACCCCUAUUGUAUCUUUAUUUAUUCUAGGUACCUAACUCGUAUAGUCACUAUUAUUACAUAAUACACUAGUUUGUACUACUAUAAAUGUAAUAUUUUUUUAAUGUCAAAUUCUAGAGUAAAUUUUUUAUGUUAUACAAAUAAAAUUUGACAAAAUAAAGCUUAUUGUUAUAUUUUUUUA